GUUAACAGGCCCGUUCUCGCGCCACAAUGCUGCGACUUGUCAUGUUUCAUAGAAUACAAGUGUUUGCGAAUGGAAAGUUCAUUAUCAAUCCGUUGUUGGGUAAAACCGAUUUCAGAUUCGACAGACUACACUUUACAAAUCGGUUUUGUACUUCUAAAAAAAAAUUAAGUGGCAAAACAACUUCGGACAGUGUUGGAUCUAUUAUUGAUGAACAGAAUGUGUUCAGCAGUCCUUUCGGGGAUGUGGAAAUUCCCUCGGGCUAUCUACAUCAGUUAAUCUGGAGGGACAUUGAUACAUGGUGGAAUAAAACUGCAAUUGUAUGUGCGGUAUCAGGCAGAUCUUACUCAUAUGGAGAGUUGAGAAAAUUGUCCGGGAGAUUGGCAACUUCGUUGCGUCAAAAUAAUUUAAGACCUGGAGAUACUCUGGCAGUUGUGCUGCCGAAUAUUCCCGAGUUUGUCAUCGUUGUGUUGGGAGCGAGUGAAGCAGGUGUAAAAUUCACGUUAAUAAAUCCUGCCUAUACAGUUCAUGAAAUGAAUCUUCAACUAAAAAAUUCAGAGGCUGCUGCAGUAAUCACAACUAAAGAGAAAUAUUCAGAAAUUGUGGAGAGUAUCAAAGGGCAAAAUUCGAUUCGUCUGCCACCAAUGGUUGUUCCAAGUGGAACCGAGCCGGUGCCAUCUGGUGCGAUAAACUUCAGGGAUUUAGUGAAUGAUAGAAUUGAGGAGUUCGAAAAAACUGGGAAGCAUACUGGAGUCGAUGAUAAAAAUGAUACUGCAUUGAUGCCUUAUUCGAGUGGAACUACUGGGGUACCCAAGGGUGUGGAGCUGACUCACAGGAACAUCAUCGCUAAUUUAACACAAAUGAAACACUUAGAGUACAAUUUCGCCGAACCAGCCAUCGGUGAACAUCAAGAGAUAGUGCCACUAUUUUUACCUUUAUAUCAUCUCUAUGGUUUAGGCGUUUGCCUUCUACCCUAUCUCAGCUUAGGUGCAAAAAUAAUCUGCAUGCCCCAAUUCACAUCGAACAAUUUAUUGGAUGUUCUUGAAAAGUACCGAACUACACUACUAUAUGUUGCUCCUCCAGUGGUUCAACUCAUCGCCAAUAACAGUAGAUUCACGAAAAAACAUUUCGAGGCUAUCAAAUGCGUUACGAGUGCAGCAGCCCCAAUAGGAAUGGAAUUGAUCACCAAAUUCCGUUCGAAAAUAGGUACAAAUCUUCAUUUCACCCAGAUUUACGGACUAACUGAGACAUCACCAGUGAUCACACGAUCGAAAUAUUCCGUGUGGAAUUCCGCGGGCUUGAUUGCUGUGAAUACUCAAGUUCGAAUUGUUGGGAGAGACGAUGAUAAGUUUGGAAAGAACGUGGGAGUUAAUGAGACUGGAGAAAUUGUUGUAGAUGGGCCACAGGUAAUGAAAGGAUAUUAUAAGAAUACGAAAGCUACCGAGGAUUGUAUGGAUGGAAAGUGGUUGAAGACAGGAGAUUUGGGGCAUAUUGAUGAUAAAGGACAAUUGUUUGUUACCGGACGUCUCAAGGAACUCAUCAAAGUCAAGGGUUUCCAGGUUGCUCCGGCUGAACUAGAGGAUUUCAUUCAUGGCCACGAAAAAAUCGCGGAUGUUGCGGUAAUUGGAGUACCUGACGAAAAAUUGGGAGAAGUACCAAAGGCAUUUAUCGUGCCAAAGCCAAACGUUAAAAUCUCAGAGGAAGAAAUAAAAAAAUAUGUUGCUGAGCGGUUUUCUCAACACAAACAUAUCAACCAAGUUCAGUUCAUCGAUGCCAUACCAAAAAGUGCAGCUGGUAAAAUUCUCAGGAGGGAACUUCAGAAAUUAUGAUCUGGUUUCAGUUCUUUUAAUUACCCGGGGGGAUUUAAUAUUGAUCAUGUCAUGGUUUAAAUCGGUCACAAGCUGUUCAUUGAUGUAACUAAUUUUCUGUUCAAGGUUAGCGGGUUCCUAUCCUCAUUCUUGCAUUUCACAUCAAGUUGGUAGAUGAAUCAAGUUGUCACGUUGGUAGUAGUAGUAUUCAACCUCGUAAGUGAAGUAGGGAGAGAGAAAGUGUAUUCUUUCUCUCUGCUCCUUACGAUUCACAUAUCUUGUUAUCAGGCUAUUCAGUUAUUGUGAAUACGAAAUAAACAUGAAUAGAUUAUUGAAAAUUAUGUAAUUGAAAUUCAGUAGAUAAAUAAAUACAAAAACAGCUUAAUAAAUAAACAGAACUCGAAGAGAAUGAAAUCUCCCCCCAAAACAAAUGUUUUUGUAAAAAAACUGUGUCAAUCAAAUUUUUGUUUGAUUGC